CUAUUAAGUAUGAUAUUUAUGAGGUUUAACUUCAUUUUACAUGAACUAUCAGUAGUGCAAUGACUAUAUUUAUACAUUAUUGGAUAAAUAUAUCUACGUUUGUUUUACAUAGACAAUAAAAGUUAUGGUUAGUGAAUAGUGCAACUGACCAAAGAAGCGAAUAUUUGGAAAUUCUAUAACAAUACAAACGAACAGUAAUUCGGUUUAAAAAACUAUCGGAUAUUAAAGUGAUAUAUGUAAUUUAUGGUUGACUCUACACAACGAGCAUUCACAAAAACAAUGGAUGUAAUGUCAUGUUUUGGUCGAAGUUGUGAUGAACAUUUUCGACAUUAUAUUAAUCCAGAGGAAGCAAAAAGAGCAAAACAACGUGACAAAGAAGUAACACGAAUACUGAAAGACCACCAUAAACAAGAACUAAAGAAAUUGAAAAUACUUCUUUUAGGUACUGGUGAAUCUGGGAAAAGUACAAUCACAAAACAGAUGAAAAUUAUACACAUAAAUGGCUUCGAUAUGCAAGAAAAAAUAGAGAAGAUAGCCGAUAUUAAGAGAAAUAUUAAAGAAUCUAUCGUGGUUUUGGUAUUAGCAAUGCAGCAAUUAGGAAUCUCAUUAUGCAGUACAGAAAGUUACAAAAGUUUGGAGUUUAUGUUGGAAGAAGCAGGAAACCCCAUGAUUCAACACACGAAAGAAUUUGCAACACACGUUCGACAACUUUGGUCAGAUUCAGGUGUGCAAGAAUGUUACAGUCGAUCUCACGAAUUCCAGUUAAUAGAUUGUGCGCAAUAUUUUCUUGAUAAGGUAGAAGAAGUGUACGAUGACGACUAUGUACCCUCAGAUCAAGAUAUCUUGCGGUGUCGAGUGGUGACAACUGCAAUACAGAAUAUUGAAUUCAAUGUUCCUGAUGGUGGAAACCAAGUAAGAUUCAGUGUAUUCGAUGUUGGUGGUCAGCAAGGAGAAAGAAAGAAGUGGAUACAAGUUUUUGACAGCGUUGCUGUAAUUUUAUUCAUGGUCGACUGCGGUAGCUUUGAUACAACUUUGAGAGAAGAUCCAACCAAAAACAGACUACUUGAAGCGUUAGAAAUAUUUGAACAAGUAUGGAAAAACAGGUUCUUGCGGAAUGUCUCUGUUCUUCUCUUUUUGAAUAAAAUAGACGUCUUAGCAGAGAAAGUCGCUAAAGGUCGUUGCAUUGCUGAACUUGUGAAGAAAUAUCCACACAUAUUCCCAGAUUUCGACUCAUUUACUGCUUCAAACAAUGAGAAAAAUGAAUUCUUAGAUUCAUUUUCUACGACAGAGGAAAAGAAAAAGAAAGGGAGAAGUAAUUCAAGACCAGAUUUACAUCCAGAUGUCGUAAAAACAGCUGUUUAUAUCAAACAUCUAUUUAUGGUAAGAACAAAAAUUGUAAAAGGUGAAAUAAAUCUCCAACACAGAUCAACAAAACAAGACAAAGAAUGGCACACACAUCAUAGUUGUGAAUAUUAUUAUACUUGUGCAGUGGACACUAAUAAUAUCCAAAGAGUUCUGAAUGGUUGCCGGACGUUGAUCAUUCGGAAACACUUGGAACGUUUUGGAAUUAUCUAGGAAUCUCCGAUAACAAUUGAAAAUGUUGGUGCUACAAUUAAUAGUCACACUUGUGCAAUAUUUUUUUUUCAAAUGAAAUUCAACGAAAUGUGUCUCAUCAGUCAUAAAACAUGCAUAAUAUAUGUAAUAUAAAGUGAGUCGAACUUAUAAAGAGUCGAACUGCAAACUACACAUUUGAUGCCAUAAAGAGAAACAAAGUGCUAUUAUACAUUGUGAUAUUUUUGUGAACAGUGAUAAUGUUAGUGUAUGGGUGUAUAUUGUGUACAUGCUUUAUGCAGGGAGAGAGUGAAAGAGUCGGAGAGAUAGAGAGAGAGAGAACAUUUUUAUUUAUUAUUAUCUUUACAAGUGGUUGUUUGUUUUCACAUUUUUGAACAUGUACAUUGGUUUUGUACACUAUUUUAUCUUAUCAUUCAACUACCAUUUUUCUUGUUACUACAAAAGGGCCUUCACUGACGGAGGUUUUUGGUAGACGUACGUACUUGAUAUGUAUUCUGCAAAAUGAAUUUCGACACUGAGUCUUAAAAUAAAAUAAUUAGUAUACUUUAA